ACAGCCAUGUUAAUCCCAUGUACUUCCUAUGGUUCAUUCUAGGGUAAUGUUACUCUUAACAGAUAAUACUUUAGGCAGCCGGCCUCGCAUCAACUCCACGGCUUUAGAGUAACAGUACAACGAGCUGUACAUAACCUUUCUGCUCGUUAAUAUUACCUUGUUGUAUUCUAAUAAUUCCUAUUUACAAAAAUCUGCUUUUUGCAUAGUUUUACCGGUACUUCCCAGUCACUUUCCUUCUUUGAAUGUGUGUAUGUGUGUGCUUUUUCCUCAGGUGCUAUCUUAGGGUUCAUGCUAGGUGUGUUCCAAAUCCCACUGAAUGAGUGUGAUGAUCUUUACCGGAAGCUGGGUUCAGAUGUCUUCAAGCAGAAUGUCAUUGUUGGCACCGUGAAGAUGGGCUGGAGCCAUGCUUUCUAUGACAGCGAGGCCUGGGAGAACAUCCUUAGAGAGAAAAUGGGCUCUCACCUCCUGGUGGAGACUUCAAGAAACCCAGAAUGCCCCAAGGUGGCAGCGGUGAGCACCAUUGUGAACCGGGGCACUCCCCUAAAGGCCUAUGUGUUCAGGAACUACAACCUGCUGCCCGGGGUGCGCUCUCACUACCUGGGGGGCUGCCAGCACCAGCUGUGGCAGGCUAUCCGUGCUACGUCAGCAGCCCCUGGGUAUUUCCAGGAGUUCACCUUGGGAAAUGAUCUCCACCAG